AUGAGAGACCAACUCGAGCUCAAUUCACCAUCUGUGAUAGAAACAAGCUCUCCUCAGAUGACAACAGUUAGUGCUUCACCAGCUGGUUCUGUACUUCUUGACUCCUCUCAUCCCUUUUACCUUCACCCUUCAGAUUCACCUGGCAUGCUUCUUGUUAAAACUGCUUUUGAUGGAAAAGUAUAUGGGGGUUGGAGAAGAGGAAUGCUCAUAGCCUUGUCUGUGAAAAACAAGAUAGGGUUCAUUGAUGGAAUCUUCCUUCAACCCAAAAUCUCUUCUGAUGUUUUCAAAUUUUGGACCCGUUGUAAUGACAUUGUCAUUUCUUGGCUAUUGAACUCUCUUUCUAAAGCAAUAGCAGAGAGUGUUCUAUACUCCAAGACAGCAAAGGACAUCUGGGAUGAGCUUGAAGGAAGGUUUGGUCAGAGUAAUGGACCACAAUUUUAUCACCUACAAAAGGAGAUGACUGAGUCAACACAAGAAAAUUUAGAUAUAGCAGGAUACUAUACUAAGCUGAAAAGGCUCUGGGAUGAGUUGGACAGCCUGGAUGUGUGUCAACACUGCACCUGUCCCUGUAGAUGUGGUGGUAAAAUAAAAAACUUUAAAUCUCAGCAAGAUAGCAGACUCAUUCAGUUCCGUAUCGGACUGAAUGAUGCUUAUGCAGCAGCCAGAAGCAAUCUACUUAUGCUAUCACCAUUGCCUUCAGUCAACCAUGCCUACUUUUUACUUAUCAGAGAUGGGAAGCAAAGAGAAGUAUAUAUUUCUCACCAUCCAGUUGAAAGUUCCUUUGUUGCUGCUCAACAGUCCUAUGGAGGGCAAAAGGUGACCUCUGCUAAGAAAUUCAACACAGAAAUAAAGAAAGGAACUCAGUUCUGCAACUAUUGCAAUAAGCAGAAUCACACUAUAGAAAACUAG